AUGAUUUAUUUUGUAACUGUAAUUUUGCUAUCUUUUUUGGCAACGACUAAAACUUUUGCCACGACGUGGUGUGGUCCUGGGCAAUAUUUAUUGAUCGACAGUUGUUUAAUUUGUCUAGCGGGUACUUAUUCUUAUGGAGGUACAACAACAUCAUGUUCGUUGUGUUUUCCUGGCACUUUUUCAAAAUCUGGAGCAUCUUCAUGUACACAAUGUUAUCCCGGAUAUUAUUCGUCGAGCUCUGGUUCUUUUUUAUGUUCAGCUUGUAAGGCUGGAACUUAUACAUUGGAUCGGGGGUCCGUUUCGUGUUAUACAUGUGCAGCGGGAACAUAUUCUACUGAUGGAGCAUCCAAUUGCCUCAAUUGUUCGGCUGGAUCUUAUUCCGUUUCAGGAUCAUCAAAUUGUACAAAAUGUGAAACUGGAUAUUAUUCGAAGUCUGGAUAUUCGAAAUGUAUUCAAUGUGUUUCUACGAGUUGUAAAGUGUGUUUAAAAACGACGGGGGAGUGCACUUCGUGUAAUGUUGGCUAUUCGUAUGAUUCGUCGAAUAAAAACUGUUCGAUAUGUCCCGCAUCGUUUUAUUCAGGUGGCGGAACUUCGUUGUGUUCAAAGUGUGCAACUGGUUUUUACUCACUCAGUGGUUCAAGUGGGUGUAUAAAGUGUUCAACAAGUUGUAAAACGUGCGACCAAACAAAUGGAAAUUGUUUAUCUUGUAAUGACGGUUAUUUUCUGAAUGGUAAAAAGUGUGACACAUGCUCGGCUGGCACGUACCAAAGUGGAAGAAUUUGUGUAUCAUGUGCCGACAUGCAAUACUCAUUGGCGGGAAGCACAACGUGCAAAAGUUGCAGUCCAACGUGUUUGAGUUGUGAUAAGACAAAUGGGUAUUGCACGUCAUGUGAGUCGGGAAUGGAAAUUACAACAACAACGUGUUCGGUUUGCAGUGCUGGCACAUACAGCACUGAAAACAAAUGUGAGUAUUGUUUACCUGGGACAUUUUCAUCAUCACCAAAGAGUUCACAAUGUGAUCAAUGUGCAGAUGGGACUUAUGCCAACACACCAGGAUCAACAAAUUGCAAAACAUGUGAUGUACUGUGUCAAGGACCAUGCGAAAAAACAAGUGGCAAGUGUGACGCCUGUGUGAGUGGUGCUGUUUCGUUGAAUGGAGUAUGUUCACUGUGCAAUUCUGGAACAACGGCAAAUCAAACAACAAACAAUUGUGAUACAUGUAAAGAGGGUACCUAUGCCGGUGAAGGCUCUUCUGAGUGUAAAAAUUGUGGAGAAAUGACAUACUCGACUGCCGGCUCGUCUUCAUGUCAGCAAUGCGACAGUCAUUGUGAUGGGUGUGAUGCGACGACUGGGUAUUGUGUCAACUGUGUGACUGGGUAUGGUCUUGCAGUUGGGAAGUGUGCCAUAUGUCCAAAGGGGACUUACUACAUGAGUUCUGUGUGUCAGAGUUGUGGUGAGAUGGCAUACCAAGAUGUUGUUGGACAAACUACCUGUAAGUUGUGUGACUCUUCGUGUGCAAGUUGCAAUGCAACAAAUGGAAAAUGUUUCACAUGUGCUGCUGGAUAUGGCUUUGAUAAUGGCACAUGUACGUUGUGUGGGGACCUCACAUACUCGGAAGGAGGUGUUUUGCAGUGCCAACAGUGUUCCACUGAAUGUAAGAAGUGUGACAGAAAAAGUGGUGCGUGCACAUCAUGCGAAGUUGGCAACAAAAGAGCUGAUAACAGUUGUGUGUCAUGUGCUCCAUCUGGAUAUUGCGAUUUGUGCACAGACGAGACAUCAGAUGGUAUUUGUGUAUCAUGUGAAGAUGGAUUUUAUUUGAAUGAAAGUGCCGACUGUCAACCAUGUAGUGAUAUCCACAAUGACUGUCUGACGUGUUCUAAAUUAACAAAAACGUGUCUGUCAUGUGCAGGCAACAUGAUAUCAACUGGCACCAGUUGUGUUGCAUGUGAAGUUGGGAUGGUCAAAGUCACAGAAACGAUGUGCGACUACUCAUACAAUGUCAUCCCAAAGUGUCAGAUUGCAGACUAUGUGAAUAAUCAACACAUUUGCACCACCUGUUUUGCGCCAUACGUCACUUUAAAUGACUUGAAGGCGUGCAAUUUGGCAUACACAACAACAACAUAUUACGACACAAAUGAUCACAAAUUACACAAAAACAUGAAUGAAUGCAUCAACCAAAUUAAUACAACGUGUUAUUCGUGUAAUACAACAACAAUGUUGUUAAACGGUGUUUGUAAUGUUAAGAAUGAGAAGUGUGAGACAUACUCGCAACACGGCUGCGACAACUGUUUUUCAGAUGUGAUCACAUCAAAUGGCAACUGUGCAAACACCACAGAUUGUAAAUAUAAAAUCAACAAAGAAAGCGGCACGGAGUGUUUGUAUUGUGUCGAUGAUGUGUCGUGUGGCAAAGCAAAACAAAAUUGUGCUAUAUCAAACAACGAGUAUUGCUACUUUGCAGUGAAUGGGUAUCACACAACAAACGACAACACCAUUGAACAGUGUGAAAGUGAAGUGUGUGUCAUUUCAAAUAAAAUUGUUACUGAUUUGAAAUGUAAAGAAGACAAAUUGUUGAAGGAUGGCGCGUGUACAACUAAUACGAUGUGUAUAGCAAUAUCAAAUGGCGAUUGUAUCAAGUGUGAUUCAAAAGAACACCUCUCUCAAGGAAAAUGCUUAUCAAACAGUGCAAAUUGUGACAACCAAAAUAAACAUAUUUGCAUUGUGUGUAACAACACCAUCAAUGUUGAAGGUGUGUGCACAGACACCCAGUCAAUUCAUUGCCUUUCAUUUGACAAAGUGUGUGUCACAUGUGAGAGUGGCUUUUACAAAGACGUUGAUGGAUGUAAAGAGAAGACUGGCGUGCUGUCAAAUUGUGAUGUUGUCUCGUCACUCAACACCAAAUGUGUCGAGUGUGAGUCCGAUUACAAUUUCAAUGGAAUUUCGUGUGUGCCACAGAUACUUUCAAAUAAGACCACCAGACAGACAACUAAAAACGAAGACACACAGACAGACAGCCAUUGUGAAGUGAGCACCACAAAGGGGUGUCUGAGGUGUCUCAGUGGGUAUUACCUCGCAGACCGCAUGUGUGUCAAGUGUGAGUACCCAUGUGUCUUCUGUUCAAAUCAAACAUUCUGCACCAAGUGUGACGAUUACUCGUAUGCAAACAGCAACGGCGUUUGCACUGAAAUUAACGCACUUGUCAGUGUGUGUGACGUGUUGAUGUCAACAUAUCGCGGGUGUGUUAUCUGCAAGGAGGGGUACAUGCGGUCAUCUGAUGGAUCAACGUGCAUUGGCUGUGAUGAGUCGUGCAAGUCGUGUACAAAUGAAGGAAAUUGUAUUGAAUGUAAUGAGACAUUUUAUCGCACUUCAUCAAAUGUCACCAAAUUGUGUUCAUCACAAAGCGAGUUGACUUCAUGUGCAAACAAAACAACAGCCGGUUGUAUGCAAUGUGAAGGUGGACACUAUCUCUUCAACAAUUUGUGUAUGAAAUGUCAAGACACGUGUACACAAUGUUAUGGCAUUGAUGAGUGCACCGACUGUGUAAAAGACAACGUUCUUGUGUCAGGCGUCUGUUCACAUUACACAGCCAUUGAGAACUGUGUUGAGUCUGCCAACAACAAAUGUUCAAAAUGUGAUGACAAAUACAAGUUGAGUGACGACAUGUUAAAUUGCAUUCACACCACAAAUUAUGGUGUUGUAGUUGGCAUACCAAUUGUCUCUGUGUUCAUUAUAGUACUUAUUAACAUUAGUAUUAUAGUGGUUACAAUUAUUGUAUUACAAAAGCGCAAAGAAACAAAGAAAAUGGAAAACAUCUGUGUCUUUGAGAUGAGUCGUUCAAACAUCACAAUGAGUGUGUUAUAUGGCAACGUUUUGACUAACAAAAAGUCGCUGACAUUUGAUGACACCAGUGAAGUUAUUCCCGUUGAAAAGGAAUCUCGCGAACUCCUCUGUGUUGGCAACAAAGGCAAAGGCAUUUUGAAAGUCCAAAUCACAACACGUGGCGGCUGCGACAAAUACUCAAUUCGCACCGAGCCGCAAUUGGUGACUUUGAAGAAAGGUGAAGCGUGCGAGUUUGAGGUGUUUGUAACACCACACUGCUCACUGAAAUUGCACGACGAGAUGAUGAUAGUCACCAUGAACAUCGAAAAUAGUGAAACAGUGUCUGUUCCAAUUGCCAUUGAAAUCACAACAGAAAACUCGACAAAAUUAGAUUACGACGAGUUAAAAGAAGACAAGAAACUUGGGGAAGGCUCGUUUGGAAUUGUCUACAAAGGAAGUUACAGAGGAAAUGUUGUUGCUAUUAAAAAUAUGAAAGAAGUUAAAAACAACAAAACUUCGAUGGCUGAAUUUGAGAAUGAAGUGUCAAUGUUAGACAAGUUUAGAAGCGAUUAUAUUGUCCAUUUCUAUGGCGCCGUGUUUAUACCAAAUAAAGUGUGUAUGGUCACUGAAUUUGCUGAAUAUGGGAGUUUGAACGACUUGAUUAAAAAGACAACACAAGAGAUGCCACGAUUGUUUCUGCGAGUUAAAUUGAUGUUAGACGCUUCAAAAGGGAUUUUGUAUUUACAUUCAAAUAACAUUUUACAUAGAGACAUCAAACCAGAUAACAUUCUUGUCUAUUCACUUAAUAUAUAUGACAAAGUGAAUGCUAAAUUGACUGAUUUUGGGUCAUCUAGAAACGUCAACAUGUUGAUGACUAACAUGACAUUCACAAAAGGUGUUGGAACACCAAAGUAUAUGGCGCCUGAAGUACUUGAAAGAGAGAAAUAUAAGAAGCCAGCUGACGUAUAUUCAUUUUCAAUCACAAUGUAUGAGGCAUUCACAUGGGACUUUGCAUUCAAAAAUACAGAUGUACAGUUUAAAUAUGCAUGGAGUAUUGCGGAUUUUACAUCGAGUGGAAAAAGACUUCCAAUACCAACGUCAGUACCAGAGGAACUUAGUUUACUUAUCCAACAAAGUUGGGAACAUGACCCCCAAAAGAGACUAGAAAUUAAAUAUGUCGGUAAUUAUCUCGAAGAGUUCUAUAAACCAAAUAAUUGA